AAGACAUCGUGUUAAACAAGAAAACUAGACUGUGAACAAACCUUGCGCGCGAUGAUGGUCGUGUUAAAAGUCUUGCUUCUAAUCUUCCUUAGAGUAUUUGCAAAUCAAGGAACUGCUGCCGCUGGGCUUGUGAACUUCGAAUAUUCUACAAGAUUGUGUUUGGCAUUCAUUUUGGCAUUAAAUAGUGUCGAAUGUUCCAAUAACAUUGGAGUGGUCGCAAAGGAAGAAGUGGUUUCAAUUUACAGCGCCAACUUUUCAGACACUCCUCCACACCGAGAUCCUUACUACAUCAAAGUACAUCGAUGUGUUAUUGAUAGUCAUUCUUGGCAAUGUGGAGAAGGUUGGCCGAAGCCAAAGUUUCAACGAGAAAUCAAGAUUGUUGUUCCUGAUUUGCAAAACCAAACCAAGUUCUACAAAUAUAUCGUUUAUAAUCAUACAUCUUGCAGAUGUCAAACACAAAAUCCAAAAGAUAAUUUUAUUCUUCACAAAAACAUGUCGUCUCAUGAAAUUACUAAGAAUGAAUUUCUUUCGGAAGUUUCAAAGAACCCAUUCAACUUGAGAAGCUGUGAAAGAAGUUAUUGCAACAAGCUUCAUCCUCGUUUUCAUGUGCAUAGUAAACAUAUGGAAGUUACGCGUGAUAAGAUGUUCAUACAGUUCUAUCAAUGUCUUCCUGGUUGCAAUGAACAAAUCGACGAACUUUCCAUUCCAACAUUCUUGAGUAGUGGUAAGAAAUUUAACGAGGCGAUAAGAAACAGCACAUCUUGUAGCCCAUACUGACUAAUAUAUUAUACUCAUUAUUAAUGACGACCGAUUUAUCAAAUUGUAAAAAGAUAUCCAUUGUUGUGAUUAUCAAUUCGACCAUGUCGCAUGUAAAGAAAUAAGUGUAACCAAUACUCUACUAUUACAUAGAAAUGUAAAAAUUAACUUGUCCAAGAUUUAAACAUUAAUUAUUACUAGCCCUUAAUAACCGAGCGCGAUGUCUCUACGACGAAAUCUCGACGAAGACCGACGUUUUUUUGUUAGUAAAAAAGUUAUUAGGAAUAAACAGAGCUCGACUUCAAAACAAUUAUUUUAAA